AUGAGGUUCAAUAAACAAGAAUUAAUGACAUUAGCUACUCAACCCUCUCAAAAGUUUGAGAAGGAAGGCAUACUCUACGUACGAGAACGCCAAGAAGGCUUCUUUCGCAGAACAGAAAGUACAGGUAAAAAUCUUGAGACCAAAAAACAAAAAGGAAAAAAACAUAAGAUUCUGAGAGACUUCAGUUGCGUUUCAGCCAGCACGAGUAAAGUAAGUCUCGAGCGCUGGUGUCGUCUGCGAGGAAAUCUGCUGUUUUACUUCAAGUCACGGGAGCAGUGGUCCGAGCCUCUCGGUGUCAUCAUACUCGAACAAUUUAGCAUACGAGUCGAGGCGCCCAACCCCCAGAUACCUUACGGAUUCAGCAUAGUCUUCGACGGCGGCGUUUAUCAGCAAUUGGGCGCCAACACCUCGGAGGAACGCGAUGGCUGGCUGCAGUCGCUGCAAUUGGCAAGCUACGAGUGUAUGCGCAGUCAGCUGUUGGCAUUGAGGCAACGAAUGGAGACCACCUGCGGCCACAAGCACGAUGCCGACAUACAGAUGCUGAGAUUAAAGCGUGGCAUCGUCACCGAUCCUUCGGAAAUUCCAUUGUGCGAAGUGUCGCUGUCUUGUGACAAUCUUCUCUGCGAUGGGCACGGUCGACCACCGAACCCUGUCCUCGAGGUGGACAUACGAACCGUACAAUCUGGCUCCAUGUGGAUCAAGUACGCCCGUAGCGAAGUCGUUGAGCGCAGCAGCAAUCCGAGCUUCCUGACGACGGUGAGCUUUCGCUCGAGUGACGGCAUCGGGCCCGAGACGAGAAUACGCAUUACGGCCCACGACGUCAGGGAGAGGGUCAGUCAAACGGCAACGCCCAUUGGUAGCGCCGUCAUAGCUUUCAGUGCGGUGCAGGACACUCCGAGACUGCGCAUACCACUCAAAUCUGCAAAAUCGACUACGGUCGGUUUUCUCACAAUCAAUGUUUGGAAUCUCGAGGUCGAAGACAAAGGGAACAGUACAGAAAGUACUCCUUCCAGAAAUGUGCCAACUAGUACCUCUAAUCCGGUUUAUUGCCACAGACGAUCGCAAUCGCUUCCUCCGAGAUUAGGUACAAAAAUCAAACUCCCCCAUCAGGGACAACUGAAGCUUUUGUUUGCCAAUCCAUUUAUUCAGACAUAUAGAUUUCAUUCGGGUUUAGGCGGUGAUAUUUGCGUUCACGAGACUAUGACUGAAAGCAAACUGUGCUUCCUCUUUCCACAACAAUUACUAGGUAUUUGGAUUCAAGAAGAAAAAGAACUUUUACAAGAAGUUGCUGGCAUGGGCGAGCUCAGAGAACCUUGGCACUCGAAACAAGUGGAACUUCUCGACAGACAUCUGCAUCUUUUGCACUUGUAUUCUCAAGCAAAGGAAAAUUUAGCAGCGUUUAAAGGAAGCUACUUCAAACAAUCGUCGCGGAAAAAUGACAGAUCUUUAGAGUUUGCGCCUUUAAAUUUGCACCUACAAAGGAUGUGGGUUCAUAAUGACACUCUCAAUAAAUGUGGCCUCUAUGAUUUUGUAAGUGUGGGAGCUUUUACUGCUCACUCACACAAAAGUAAAAAUGGUGGUCUUCUUAGAUUAGUGCAAGCUUUGAAAGAAUCUCCAGUAAAAUGUAGUCAACUUUAUCAAGGCACAUCAAAAAUUUCGAUGGCUCAUGAUGCAAUUCAAGCCAUUAAACAACUUCGACGUGACAUAGUCGAUGCUAUGCGUACGCUCAUGAAACUUGCCAAGGAUAAGCAGACAAGUGGGAUGCUUCCUAUUUGCGAAGAAAUGAUCACAAAGACACGAAUACUUUUGAGUCUGUGGGACCCAGGUCUUGUCGAGGAGGCUCUGUCCUUUCUAGAAGAACAUAAAGUUCCUAAAGUUCAAGAGGAUACUAGUAACGAUUCGAUGACCCUCGAUUUUAGAUCAAAUCAAACUCUCUCUCCUUUUAAAAGAAUCACACAGCAAUUAAAUUUUGACUUGAAAAGUCCAGAUUUUGAUGAAUUCGUUACACCAGAUACACCAGUGUGCGUGCAAGAUCUCUGGGCAAAAGAAAGUACUAGGAGUAAAUUGGUCAAUUUCGCAUUAAAAAAUAAUGAAAUUAAUAGCAACAUACAAAAGUGUCAGACAGAUAACAAUUUUGUAAUAUUUCCUGAAGUCGAUGACGAGCCAAAAGAAAUUGACACCACUGAAGUAACCAGCAAUGUAAAUAACAAGUCUGAAGAUAACAAUAAUCAUAAUAAUCUUGAUGAUGAUCUCGGUAAGGCGUACGUUGAUCGGUUGAAUGACACCGAUCAGAGUAAACGCUUUCUUGACACACAAAAAAUGUGUAAUUCACCGUCUGCCAAUUAUUAUAAGCCAACGGACGAACCGGAGCCAUGGGAUCUGACUCAAUUAAAUAUUGAAGCAAGUGUCAUGUGUCUUGUAUCAAAAGUUAAAUUUUUAUGCGGCCGUUGUAGCAGUCCUGCGGUUAGGUUGAGAAAUAAAAAUGGAAUCGACAAACACCAAAAAUGCAUAAGUAACAGCGUUAAUACUGAUUCUACUAAUCUGGGAUUGCCUGCUAAAAAUGGAAUAAAACAAGAUGAUACGAAAAAUGAUACUCGUUUUGAAAAAUUGAAUAAGCUGAAUUCAGAAAGCUUUUCGACAGAUAAUCCUACUGUGAUCUAUUCUAAUUCAUACUCUGAAAAAAUGUGCCAAGGCAACGAUGCAACUCCCCGAACAUCCAAGCCUAGUGUAGUUCAAAGAAAUAAAUUCACAGAAGGCUUGGAUUUUGCAUCUAUUCACGAUUGGCCAAGCGAAUUGAGACCAAGCAUGAAAAAACUCAGGCAAGCUAUGGACGGUUUAUUGAAAACAGCAAGACUGACGCAUUCCGUAUUCAGAGUGCAGGAAGACGCCAAGAGUGCACAGCGAAUGUGCAAUGUUAGAUACAGACGAGAUGUGUGCUUCAGCCAAGCGCUCACAGCUCUAGUUUCUGGACUAAUGGCAAAACUUUGGUGCCAAAGACCAGAUCCCAUGUUUUUGCUAAUCUUAUCAACGCUGGGUCCACUUGUAUCAUUUGAGGGUUUAUUAAGUUACUAUGGCGAUGAAAUUGACAUGUGGGGCGAUAUGACUGUGGCAGUCGAAGAUAUGCAUACCGUCACAUUUACAUUAUCGAGAUGUGGAAUUCAAACAAACAAUGUCGACGGUAAACCACCAAACAUUCAAUUUCCUUUGCCUCGCGUGACUGGAUCACGAUCAGCAUUGACGGUGCUUCUUCCGGUGCCAGAUUCGAUAUAUUCUUUACUUCCACUUACAUCUACUGCAAAAACGACUUUAUCCUUUAACGUGACACCAGUAUUCUUUAAUAUAGGGAUUAAUGAAAUGGCUUCUUUGGCCGAGAGUCUUGGAACUACAAAACCCCAAGAAAAAAGUAAUCAAGAUAAUUUUGAUAGACUUAACAACUAUUAUCUGCAAUAUAAAAAACUUAAUAUGCCAAUGGAAAGCUCUUCAACGAGAUAUGGAGUUCGACUUGGAAUAUAUCAAUCAUUAGCGGAAAUGAUGGCAAAUUUAAAAACAGCUGUGCAAGCUAGAGUUAAUAAAAACGUAGAAGUAUUACAAUUAACCUCACAAAUAUGCAGGCGGAUGCGAGGUUUAAGAUUCACAAGUUGUAAAAGUGCUAAAGACCGCACUGGUAUGUCAAUAACACUUGAACAAGUGAAUAUUUUGUCUGCAGAAUAUCACUUGGCCGAGCAUGAAUUUGCAAAAGCUUUGGAUUGUAUGAGAAGUGAAGGAUGUCGACGAGAAAAUACGUGGAAAAAUAUUGGUGUAAGAAAAUUCGCUUUCAAUAGUCUACAAAUUAUGACGCUACCAAAACAGUAUCGACCACCUACUGGAACUUACGGAUCUGCACAAACUUAAUUUUUAGAUUGUUAUUUAAUUUACUAAUAUAAUAAGGUAAACCUAUUACUAAUGUGAUAGGCAUAACGAUAAUGUACAUAUUAAUUUUUAAUAAUUGUCUAUGAGUCAACAGUUCAUUUCUGUGAAAGAGUAUUUCAACUUAUAAAAACAUACGACGUCGAUAAUUCGUAUAGCAUAGCAUAAUGCGUGGAGUAGUCACAUACUGCUAAUUUUUAUUCCAGGUGCUACAAUUAAUGAAAAAGAAUGAAAACAGCUUAGCAAAUAGUUUUCGAGCAAUCUGACUUAGAUCUUAUAAUAAUUUUUUUGUAAAAUAAAAAAUUGUAUAGUGCCAUUGUUUUUGUAUGGUAUACUUCGAAGAAGUAAAAAAAAUUCUUGUAAACAAAUUUUGACAGUACUAACACAAGUAUUUGAAAUAGUUUGUAAUAUAAAUACUUGUGCUAGAUAUAUUGUUAUUCAUACUAUUGUAUUUUAUUAAUUAAUUUGAAAACGUGUUUUAUAAAAGAAA